ACGAGGCUCUGGGCCCCUGUCUCCACCCACCUGAAUAAAGAUCUAGUGCCUGAGCAAGCAAGCUGUUGAAGGCAGCGCCCCUGAGAGGGAGGGAGCAGGCCAUUAAGAUCUCAGAGGCGAGCUGGUUAGCGCAGUGGAGCGAGCAGAGGAAGCGGAUGGGAGAUACUGCGGAGGAGAUGGGACACUGGAGUUAGAGGGCGCUGCAUGCUGAGCCAGGAAGGAACAAGAGGCCAAGACAGCGUGAAGCCGAGUAGGGGGCAGCGGGCUCGAGGAACCCACCCACGCUUCACAGGCGGGCUCGGUGGGCCCUGCCCUAGAUCUGGAUUCCGAGCCAGGGGAGGCCUGGCAGUCCAGGGCCGCAGAGAGGCGCGGUAGGCGCGUGGGCGGGACUGCGGGAUCCCGGGAAUUGGCACAGCCUCCUGAGCACGAGCAGUAGGAGCCCGGGCCACCACGUCCAGUGUAGGCCGGCCGGGACACUCUAGGCGUUUCUCCAGGGGAGACCACGCCCAGGGCAGCCCCGCCCCCUUCGCCCUUCCAGCACCCCUCCCCACCCCGCCCGGCCUGUACCCAGGUCUCAGCCGGCCCCGAGCCACUUGACACUCGAGCCCAGCUAACAGUUCUGCGGAGUAGUCCUGGCGAAGAGCAGCCGGGACUGAAGGGGUGCCAGCCCGGCUGCGCGGCGGGGCCUCAGCGCAGACGAAGUCCGUCAAGUCCUUUCCUUUGGGGAGUUGAGUCCCUGCGAGGCCCCCCUCCCGCUUGCUGCCCCAGAUCCUCGGCGGCCAGGACGGCACCCGGGUGCCCUUUGGGCUGCGGCUCCGACGGCGUUGGCGGGGAUACUGCCCUAGCUUUUCCCAGUAGGAGGGCAUGUGGAAGACUGUCGUGAAAGUCACGCCACCCAUCCGUCGUGGUCCCUGAGAGCCUCGUGGAACUGUCCUGAUGGAGGGAACGGCUGGCAUAACCUUUUCUUCCGGGAGGAUCCGUCUCAGGGUCUGAGGGUCACGCUUGGCAGUGAGGGUCCAUGCGGGAUGUGAUGCUGGGGUGAAGGACCUACGGGGUCUCGAGGGCUUUUCUCGCAUUUCUCUCCCAGUUACUUCCUGCUUUCCCAACGCGAGGAUAAAGGCAAGGGGGCAUCCGGGAGGCGUGGUCCCAGCCUGCCAAUCAUCUGUCCCACCAGAGAGCCUGCGGGGAGACAUCCCCAAGGCGGUGCAGGCUGGGUAGGCGGAGGAGGCCUAGAGAUGGAGGGCAGCUGGGGACUGGGGAAGGAACUUAGGCUGGGGUGGGGUCCAGGUCUCGGCCCCCCGCCAGGUCCCGCAGGGAGGGAGAGCCGGUGGCGGAGAAGCCCGCCGGAGCCCCUCCAGCAGGUGAUCACCUACAGCCCACUCCUCCAAGCACGAAGCAGGGAUUCCUCUGCGCUCUGUCCAGAUAGCUCCAGGUCCCUAGCUCUGCGCGUGCGCGAUUCCGCAGGCGUUGCCGAGGCGACCAUACGUCCGAGGCGGUCUGGGCCUCGCCCCAGUGCGCAGUCUCGGAGUCUCCCGCGCCCCGCCCCGCCCCAUCCACAGGGAAACGGUCGCGCGGCGAUGACGUCGCGGAGGGCUGGCCUGGCGUCGCGGUCUGCGGAGAUGGAGGAAAAGGAGCUGUUACGGCGACAGAUCCGCCUCCUGCAGGGUUUGAUCGACGACUACAAAAACCUCCAUGGCAAUGCACCUGCCCCAGGCACCUUGGCCACUUCCCGGUGGCAGCCACCGUCCUACAGCAGCAGCAGGACUUUCGGUGCUCGCCACCCUCGUCCAAGCAGGAGGGGCUUCUCCCCUAGCCAUGGGCCUGCGUGGCGCAAGAAAUACUCCCUCGUGAAUCGCCCCCCGGCGUCCUUGGACCUGCCUGGUGAUGGUGCCACGCAGCCAGCCCCUGGGGCUGGGAGUGGUCAGGACCCUGACUCCCAGCACUGUGUCUUGGAGAGGCAGGUCCAGCUCAGUUCUGAUCAGAGCAUGGUCAUCAAAAUCAAGCCACCGUCAAAGGCCGGCUUGGCUAGCAUUGCAGGGGCCUCUCAGGGCUCUUCGGACGAAUGUGAGGGCUCGCCCUGGAGCAACCCCAGGCCUCGAGAAGGUGAGGGGGAGCCUGCUGGUGGGCAGCGGCAGCCCUCGAAGCCAGGAGGACCCAAGGGGACCUGCAGCCCAGAGGACCCCCUUCUGGUCUGCCAGAAGGAGGCCGGCAAGCCCCGGGUGGUGAAGUCUGUGAGCAGCUUGAGUGACAGUCUCUCUGAGUCCCGGCGGACGGUCAGUGAGAGUGCCCUCUCUGCCAGGGCGCGCCUCCUGGCUUCCACCCAGUCCUCACGCAGUGGCACUGCCCUGGCCCGGAAGGCGGGCUCUCUCCCGGUGGCCCACUCUGCUGCACAGCUCCUUGGGGACGGGAGAGUGGAUGUUGGCCACCCAGAUCAGCCAGCUCCUUCUGGCUCCGUGGCAGGCCCAGCUAGACCGGCUUCUGGACCCAGGCAGGCCCGGGAGGCCUCGCUGCUUGUGUCCUGCCGAACCAAGUUCCGGAAGAACAACUACAAGUGGGUGGCUGCUUCGGCAAAGAGUCCCCGGGCCCCUAGGAGGGCCCUCGGCCCCAGAGUAGCUGCAGAGAAUACGUGCGUGGCCUCCUGUGGCUCAGCUGAGCGCCCGGAGAAGCCGCAGUCCAGAGCGGACCUGGAUGCCAAGCCCAGGAAGUCGGCCAACCCCAGCAAGUACAAGUGGAAGGCUGCCAGCCCCUCGGCCUCAUCUUCCUCCUUCCGUUGGCAGUCGGAGGCUGGCAGCAAGGACCGUGCAUCCCAGCUCUCUCCAGUCCCAUCUAGGUCCCCCCCAGGGGACAAACCGACAGUGGGACCAAGUGGCUCGAAGCCCCUCUUCAGUGAGACCACAGGGCUCUCAGCUUACAAAGUGAAGAGCCGCACCAAGAUCAUCAGGAGGCGGGCGAGUGCUAACCUUCCGGGGGACAAGAAGGGCAGUCCCCCACCUGUUGCCACUGCUAAGAGCCAGUUCAGCCUGCGGAGGAGGCAGACCCACCGAGGGAAGACUAGCCCCCUUCAGAAGAAGACCCCCACCAAGGGCCUGACACAGGUCACCAGGCAGCGGCUGUGUGGCCCACCUGCCGGCGGGGCUCAUCCACCCACUAAGGAAGCCUCCCGCCUGAGCAGCCUGCGGAGCCCUCCCACCAGCAAGGUGAUCCAGACCCGGUACCGCAUCGUCAAGAAGACGCCCGUGUCGCCGCUCAACGCGGCCCCCUUCCCCCUGUCCCUGCCUUCCUGGCGGACUCGGCGGCUCUCCCUGUCCAGGUCCCUGAUGCUAAGCCGCCUGCGCCAUGCCCGCAGCGGGGCGAAAGCCCAGCCCGGCCCCCCUCGGUGGCGGGACAGGGGCUUCCGCUGCAUUGGAGGGGUGCUCUACAAGGUGUCGGCCAACAAGCUCUCCAAGACCGACGGCCGGCCCAGCGGCGAGGGAGGCGGCAGGCCCCUCCUGCGCACAGGCCGGUCCGACCCCACUGGCAGCUGUAGCCGCUCGCUGGCCAGCCGGGCCGUGCAGCGCAGCCUGGCCAUCGUGCGGCAGGCGAGGCAGAGGCAGCGUCGGACGGGGCAGGAGUACUGCAUGUACUACAACCGCUUCGGCAGGUGCGGCCGCGGCGAGCGCUGCCCCUACAUCCACGACCCCGAGAAGGUGGCCGUGUGCACCAGGUUUGUCCGGGGCACGUGCAAGAAGACAGAUGGGACCUGCCCCUUCUCCCACCAGGUCUCCAAGGAGAAGAUGCCCGUGUGCUCCUACUUCCUGAGGGGGGUCUGCAGCAACAGCAGCUGCCCCUACAGCCACGUGUACGUGUCGCGGAAGGCGGAGGUCUGCACCGACUUCCUCAAAGGCUACUGCCCGCUUGGUGCCAAGUGCAAGAAGAAGCACACGCUGCUGUGCCCGGACUUUUCCCGUGAGGGCGCCUGCCCCCGGGGCGCCCAGUGCCAGCUGCUCCAUCGCACCCAGAAGCACCUCGGCCGGCGGGCAGCUGCGGCCCCAGCCCCAGGGCCCAGCGACUCGCCCUCCAGGAGCAGGGCCUCUGCCAGCCAUGGGUCCAGGAGGCCCUCAGCCGCCCAGCACCCCGCCAGACAGACGUCCAGCUGCUCCACCUCUGUGGCUGCUGGCCCGGCCCCCCCUUCCUCCUCCACACGGGAGUUAGCUGCAGCUUCUGCCCGGCCCUUGUCAUCGAAGGCCCCCUCCUCCCCCUCCCGCUCCCCCUCUCCGCUUUGUGUCCCCUCCCCCUCCCCCCCCUUAGACCAGGGGGAGCCCCUUCUCCAGGAGAAGGCCGCCUCAGCACGGACCGGCUCUGGCAGCCUCUCCCAGCUGCCUGCCUUCAUCUCCCUGCGGUCCUCGCCAAGCCCCGGAGGCCAGCCCAGGGCCCCAGCCUCCAGAAGCCCCCCCACCAAGGACUCAGGGAAGCCCCUGCACAUCAAACCCCGCCUGUGACGCCCGGGUGCCCGCCCGCGCCUACCUCAGCCCCGCGCCCCCGGCCCGAAGGAGGCUACACCUGCUGCUGCCACCGCCCCGGAGGGUGGCUGCCUGCCACCAAGCUGUCCCUGGGGGCUGCAGGGCCCUUCCUCUGCCCACCUGGCUCUCAGCCCUCCCUGACCCAUGGGAGCCCAGGGCCUCACUCUCCUGCAAGCUGCCCCACCCCCAGUCCCUCUGUACCCCUCCCUCCCCCACUUGUGGGUCCUCAGCCUCCUGCCGGGGACUGCUCCCAACUCCCUGCCCUGAGGGGACGGGGCAGGGACCUCCCCCAGGCCCUUCGGCACUGCGGGUGGGGCAGUGGCUGUUAGUGCGCCCCCAGCAACCCCCGCCCCGCCCCACCCCAGCUCCUGCCUGGAGAAGGGGCCGCCAGCCAGGCCCCGGCAGGGGAUUCGUGUUCAGCAAUAAAGGUUCUGU